AUGUCCGGUUCCACGCCCCAGCGUACAUCCCUACGACGUAAGUUGAAAACCCCCUCCUCGUUCGCGAUGCGGCUCCGCUCACACGCCCGAAAAGAGGGCUUGCGCCAGGCCCCAAAGGUCAACCAGCCAUUCGUCCCUGACACAGGCCCAUCUCGUCGCUCGCAUCACCAAAACAUUACAUCGCCGCAACCCCAAGCAUCCCCGCAUAUGCCCCUCAACCCCGCGGCCAAUCCCCAAAGCGCGCAUUUCUCAGUCGAGAGCUGGGAAGGAAAGGGCCAGGCACAGCUUCCCAUGUCCGUGCGGGAGGUUGCGACUCCUGGGAACCGGCCUGGUCAUUUUGCCAGCAUGCGGAACAAGGGAACAAAGGCCGCCGAUUUUUAUGACCCGUACUUUCCUCUCCGGUACCUUGAAGUCCCACGAACCGAUCAUAUCUACAAGCGCGCGCACUAUGGUCUCCAGUCUGGCAUCUCGGAUGAAGUGGAUUUCGCAUUGUAUCAUCUGGUCCAAAUUUCUAACCAAAGGUGGGAUAAGUUCAAGUUCGAGGGAUUCCCACUGUUGGCCGAAACCCUCAUGCAGAAGGCACUGGAGGUUACGCAUCUCUGCACUGGUGUCAAUUGGGAAUUUGAAUACGAUCCGCAGAAACUAUCCGAUCGAGUCAAUGUCUUGAACUCGUUGCAUGGAACUCGAAACAUCCUCGAAAAGAUUCGACAGAUCCCCACUAUCUUGCCGACUGAUACACUGGAAACAUCGGAGUUCAAUCACCGUCUCCGGAAUGUCAAGGAGGCCACUUUGGUUUUGCGCAAUAUGGUACUGCUUGCAGAGAACGCGUUCUAUGUUUCUCGGUAUGCCAGUGGUCUGCUGCGCGACUUCUUGGUUGUUCUUCUGAACCUGCCCAACCAGCCUCGGUUCAAUGAAAUCAAGAACGACGCGCUGGAUAUUGCCGAAGAAGUGACAAAGUUCUUGAGGACCAAUUCUCAGGAUCCUCUGUGGACUUCAUUGGUCAGUUUUCUGGAUUCGCCAGAUCGUGCCCACAUUAUUCGAUCUCUCUGGGCCUUGACUCACUUCUCCACCGAAGUGGAAGAUGGCGAUGUCAGCCGAGCUAUUGACAGCAUGUCCAAACCCGUGCUGCAACAAAUGUAUUACCACACUCUUCUGGAUCUCGAUCGGGAUAUCUUGAGCGGUGCACUGGAUUUCUGGUACCAGUAUACCCUCAGCCCUGAUAACAUUGAAACCUUAAUGGACGUCAUCAACUUCCCGAUCGUCUUCAUUCCGCGCAUGAUUGCCCUUCUCACAUACGAGGCUAGGGCUUCCAAGUUGGAGACCGUCUUGCAAGAAGAGAAGGUUGCACCACCACCUUCGGACAUUCCCCGAGUUCCCCACGAGCUUCUGGAGAAAUUGAUGGAGCUUCCCGAGCCCAAGCGAAGCUCACAAUGGCUUUGCUGCUGCUUUGUCGAAGACCCGGAGUGUGAAAUUACCCAGAUUGCUCUGUGGCAGGCAUACCAGAGCCGGUUCGCCAACCCUCAGAUGCCUGGCAGCGGUGUUCUUCCCGCAGCCGAUUUCAUCAAGAACGUUAGUCAAACCUUCACAAAUGCCCAAGCACAGGUCAUCAAUGGCCCCGGUAGUGCCACCAAAUUCAUCAUCAAGGGAAUUCGGCCGUUAGAGACCGCCUACACCUUUGAUGGCUUCCCUUACCUGUACUGCAAGUGGGCAGAUAACUCGCAGCCCUCCCAGAUGUGCCAGCGUGCGUUCGUCUCUCCCACUGAUCUCCGAAGCCACAUUUUCGCCGAUCACAUGAAGCUCGAGCCUACCGACACACCGGGCAAGUUCAACACUGAGCCUGCCGAGAAUCCUAUCCAUGCAUGCCAAUGGGACACCUGCACGCGAUUCCGCGUGUCUGGGCCAAGCGCCAACACCGCUCUCGUUGCCGGCCACAUCAUUUCUCACCUGCCUGAGGAACGACCUGCCGAUGCAGCACCCCCGAGCACCAAGCGCCCUGUUCUGCAAGAACGAAUUGUCCGCAAGUGGUUCUACAUGGAUACUCCCGUCAACGAGAAGGGUGAGCCCAUCGGCGUGGCUUACAAAGCGGCCCUGGUCCUGCGCAAUAUCGCCCGCGGCCUCCCCAAACGCGAAGCCACCAAGUAUGGCAACAUGUCUUGGAAGAAGGCCUGCUUCGUGAGCCAGCGCGCCAAGAUUAUGGAGGUCUGGGACCGCAACCGCGCUCUGCGCACGCAACUGACCGAGUUGAUCAUGAUCAUGGAAAAAGAAGUCGACUACUAG